AUGGGAGUAUGUGGCGCCGUGGAAGUUAUUACGAAUGUACUGAGAUCACCUGCUGCGGAAUUCAUACUCGAUUCGGCUCUACAUUUUACUGUUCAGUUCGAAUUCUUUGAUUCUAAUGGCUGCCUUUUCAUCAUAAACGCCUCCGCCUUUCACGAUGAUCAACAGCAGUACAACCCCAGUCAAGAAUUCAAUUACAAUACUGUGUUCAUAUUGUCUGAACAGACGGUGCUUCAUUAUGACGUGACAACAACAGGUUUCACCACGGCAUUGCCAUAUAUUCUAUCCGCAGCGCUAAAGUUUAUCGUGGGACCGAUAUCUGACCGAGCAACUUGUAUUUCUGACAGAUGGCGACUUGUGUUCUUCGCUGCCGCCUCACAAGGACUAAUGGCGUUGUCAUUCCUUGCGCUUGUA